UUCUUCCUCUUCCUCCCCCGGCCUCUCUCUUGAAAGCUCCUAUUUAAUUACACCGACCAACCAAAGCCUUCUACUGCAUAACGUUCUCUUUCAAAAGCCAUCCAAAAGCUAAAAAAAACACCAAAAACAGACACAUGGAUCACUCAAAGCAGUCCAUUGGAAAUCCUGCACUGCUCUUAUUAUUCUUCGCCGGGGUCUUCUAUCUCUUCAUUUGGUCUUCCUCUUACAGAAAUCCCUUCGUUGCAUUCCAAAAGGAAUCCAUCUGCACAUUGUCAAACACAACAACCAUUUAUGGCGCUCAAGAUGACCUUGAAGAAGCUCUGUCCAAAGCUUCAAUGGCAAACAAAACGGUCAUCAUCACUAUCAUAAACAAGGCGUACGCGGAGCAAGACAUCAAAGCCGACACCACCAUGCUUGACUUGUUUCUCGAGAGCUUUUGGGUAGGGGAGGACACUAGACGACUGCUAAACCACCUCUUGCUCGUUGCCGUAGAUCAGACGGCCUACGAUCGCUGCCUGUUUCGAGGCUUGAACUGCUACAGAUUGGAAACCGACGGUGUGGAUUUUGGGGGUGAAAAGAUUUACAUGUCCGACGACUUCAUCAAGAUGAUGUGGAGAAGAACUCAUUUUCUCUUAGAGGUUCUCAACCGUGGCUACAACUUCAUCUUCACGGAUACCGACGUAAUGUGGCUAAGGAACCCAUUUGCAAGGCUAAGCAAAAACGAAAGCGACGAUCUCCAAAUCAGCACCGACAUAUUCAUGGGUGAUCAAUUGCCGGAAAAACAGCUCAUCAACACCGGUUUCUAUUACGUCCGAUCAAAUAACAAGACCAUCAAAUUGUUAAACGUCUGGUACAACCUGAAAGACAACUCCACAGGACAGAAAGAGCAGGACGUGUUGUUGAAUCUAAUACGAGGAGGCAUCGUCGGAGAACUAAACCUGAGUGUACGGUUUUUGGACACCCUCUAUUUCAGCGGGUUUUGCCAAGACAGCAAGGAUUUCCGGGCAGUGACCACCGUCCAUGCCAAUUGUUGUCGGAGUAUUGACGCCAAGGUGAAAGAUUUAAAGGCCGUCCUUCGCGACUGGAAGCGAUUCAAGAAGUACAGUUCUUAUAGAAGAUUGGCUAAUGUAACUGCAAAUUUAGCGUGGUCGGGGCACUUUGGAUGUUGGAAUUCAUGGAGGGUAGGUAAUAAGCGGCCUGUGGGUUAAUUAAGGUUGUUUCAUUUGUAAGUUCAAUUAUUUUUUAAAUUCGUUAACGUGCACGUGUGUUUUAAGUGACAAAAAAAAAUCACUUAAAACACACGAGGUUAAUCAAUGUGAAAUAGGUUCUAAGUGUAACAUUACUCUUUCAAAUUUAUUGCAAAGCAACUUAAAUUUAAA